UUUUGUUCAAUCAAGAAAGUGCAACGAGACACAAUAUUUACAUUAUAUAUCUCAAAUGGCUCUAAGCUUCAAUGAUGAGAAUUCACUAUUCAACUUCGUCGUGAAAGAAGGAAAUGGUGUCAAAGGUCUCAUGGACUCCGGUCUCACCGAGGUACCACGUCGUUUCAUCCAACCACCCGACGAACGACUCGACAAGCAACAUGCUGCAGCCCCAUCGUCUGAAAACAUGAUCAUUGAUCUAUCGGAGCUUGAUGGACCUAACCAUGAUCAAGUGGUCAAGGCCAUAUCCCAUGCUGCUGAAACUCUAGGCUUCUUUCAGGUGGUGAAUCAUGGUGUGCCAUUAGAGCUCCUAGACUCGCUUAAAACUGCAACUCACAAGUUUUUUGACCAACCAGCUGAAAAGAAAGCGACAUAUCUCAAGGAGGUGAGCGAUAAUCCGAUGAUCAUGUAUGCAACAAGCUUUAUUCCUGAGAAAGAGAAGGUUUGGAUGUGGAGAGACUUUUUUAAAAUGACAUACACCAACGAUGAUGAUGCCCUUCAGUAUUGGCCUAAUGAAUGCAAGGAAGUGGUGCUGGAGUACGUAAAGACAUCAACGGUGAUGAUGAAAAAACUAUUACAAGUACUAAUUGGAAACCUAGGAGUGAAACUAAACGAUUCAAGACUUGAUACACUUUUAGGUUCAAAGUCAGUGCACAUGAUCUUCUGCCCGACUUGUCCAAACCCUGAGUUAACUAUAGGUGUUAGGAAGCACUCUGAUAAGGGCACGCUAACAAUGCUUCUACAAGAUGACAUUGGUGGAUUAUACGUGAAAAAAGGCGAAAACUUAUCAUCUGGAGACGAAGAGUGGAUCGAGGUUCCACCCAUCCAUGGUGCUCUAGGCGUCAACGUUGGCGAUAUGUUACAGAUUUUAAGCAAUGGAAGGUACAAAAGUGCAGAACACGUAGUGCGAACCACAAACACUGCAUCAAGAGUGUCGGUCCCUAUAUUCAAUGCUCCGCUUCCUGUUGCAAUUAUAGGACCCUUUCCGGAGCUGGUGGCUAGUGAUGGGGUCGCUAGAUACAGAGAUAUCAAUUACAAAGAGUACACGAACAACAUCGAUAUUGAGAAACCCUGUGGAAGAAAGAUGGCUCUUGAAUUCGUGUCUAUUUAAUUAAGCUUUUAUUCUCCAUUUUAGUGGAGUUAUUAUGUGUAAUAAAGGACGACUUCUGUACUCAAUAAAAUAUGUUUUGGAUUUA